CCUUGAUCCAAUGUGAAAUUAUAUCCGCGCUAAAAGUGAACGGUAGUUUGUUAAAAGAACGUGGUUUUGCUUUUAAUGAUGGAAAAUAGCGAAGAUAAUUCAGCACGUGGCUCUGGUAAUGAGCCAUCGAGUGAUACUGAAGAAAUUGUUGACGAAGGGUGGUUGUAUCUUAAGACAAUUGCCCAUCGUUUGGAAAUGGCGGCUUUAAAAGCUGAGUCUGACAACCUGGUUAAAGUAAUGCAUCAAAAUUGUAUAGAACCGGCGAAGAAAAUGAUAGAUAAAGAAGUCGAAAUUUAUACCAGUUCUAUUGACGAGAAAAUGGAAUUUUUUGAACAGGUAAAUAAUGUGUCAAUGGAAUUGAGUGAAACUCUGAGUAAGUUAGGUGGAUUGAUAUUGGAAAAAUGGGAGUCGCGCAUCCAAUAUAAUCAAAUGUUUAUGACAUACAAUAAAAAGACAUGUAACAAGGUUCCUACUCACGGUGGAUUUCUACAAGUAUGCAAAAAUCAUUCGGAAAGUAACAAGUUUUUCAGAGAUCUUUACGGUCGUCCAGCUCCAGACAAUGCUGACUACAUACAACGUAAAAAGGAAGGAGAAAUAUUUCCUAUGGAUUUUAAGUUAAUUAGAAAUCCUAAUUGGACCGAGAAUGCUAAAAAACCUGUUGUUUUUGGUGUAAAAGAACAGUUGAUAAUGACAUUAAUAAAUAAAAACGUAAUGAAUAUCAAAAUGUACGCGGGUAGAAAUAAAAACACAAUGCUAAUAGAUUUACCACGUCAUAUGAUUUUAAAAUGGAUCAAUUCAGUAGAAACUAAACAAUCACGUAAAUUAAAAUAUCAGUCAUCGGAAGAAGAGAAAGAAGAGAAAGAAGAAGAAAAAGAACACUAUAAAAUGUGUGAAAUAUUUCGGGCAAUGAAAUUGGAUCAUGAAAAGCCUUGUUCAAAGACACCAGAAAAAACUGCAACUAAUAAACCACCCAAAAGUUUGGAAAUAUUGCCGUAUUCUUUAGAUAUGCCUUGUACUAGUGCAAGCAUUAAGAACAGUGCCUUCCAAGAAGUCGCAAUUGAAAUGGAAAAAGAGUUUGAUCGCGAAUCGGAUUAUAUGGAUUCGGAUUGAUAUAUCGCAAAUUAAAUAGUUAAACAUCACAUUUUUUUUUAAUUCACAA